AUGAAUAUCGAUCUAAUUAAAGUAAUUGAGAAAAAUUAACAAAAACUUGAUUAACAUAGCCAAAAGCUAUCUGCUUAAGCCAGAGAUAUUUAUGCAUUAGUAUUGGAUUCAAAAUUAAUAGACUAUAAUGUACGGGAAUAGUAAUUUUAAGAGCAGUAGCAUUGAAAGGAGUUAUGUAAGUACUAGAAAAUCAACAAAAUAGAAUUCUGUGGUUCCCAAUAAAUCUGAACUCUCUCGUCUUAUCGAUUCGGUAAGAAUACUAUAUAACCUUCUAGUCUUCUCCAAUAUCUGUUAAACAAUCACAUAUUGAUCAGAUUGCUUCUGUUAGUCCUAAUCGAGAUGACUUAACUAGAAUCAGAAUGGAAAAUGCAGCUUUGAAAGAGAAAGUGAACUCCAAAGAGAAGUAGAUUGAUCAAUUGGAUAAAACAAUUAAUGCACUAAAAAAAGAAAAGGAUUUAAUGAUUUAAUAGUAUUAAAAUACAAUUAAUCGUAUCACUAAAGAAUUAGAAAUAGGAAAGAAAAAUGCAAUGAAUGUAGAAUUAGCAUUAUAAGAAUAAAUCAAAUUUUUAGAAUAAAGCCUAGAAAAAAAUUAAAAUAACGAUUUUAGAUUAAAAGAAAUGGAAGCCACUAUGUAGACUUUAAUAUUAGAAAAUGAAUAAUUAAAACAAUAAAAAAAAGAAGAUGCUAAAUGGUUAAGAGAAUUAUAGGAAUAAUUUGAAAUUUUUUAUACAAAAAGUUAAGAAACAAAAAUUAAAAUAGAGGAUACCAAACAUUUUAUUACCUAACUUUCUGAAAUCACACAAUAUUUGAUAAACAAAUAGGCACCACCAUUAGAAUUUUUUGUUCAUAUGAAUAAAUUACAAAAAUAAUAAAAAGCUGAUGCAACUCCAUUACCAAAGGGAAGCUCAAUGAAACUAAUAUUCGCUCAAGUUUUUUCAUUGCAAAUAGAAACAUUAGUAACUUUAAAUUAGAUCCUUAAAGAUACUAAGACCUAAGUGGAAAAGUUUUCUAAUUAAUAUAUUUCUUAAGUUGGCUUAUAAUUGGUUUCAUUAUGA